UAAACGGUACAUGUCAAUUUUUUGAGUUCCGAGCCGAGCUGGGAUUUGAUUUGGGUGCAAGUGAAUUUGGAAAUGAUAGAUAUUUAUUAAAGAAAACUUGUAUCUACAAUUAAUUUAGGCUGAUCAUGGAGAUAUUAAAAAGGAGUUUGGUGAAUUGUAAACGGUGUUUAGCUUCCAGGGCGGUACACCAGAGUAGCGCUGCCGCAGUUUCCAGCAAGAGUUCCAAAGAUGGAGGGCCGUGGGAGCGGCGCGUGGUGUCGGGGCUGCAGCCGACCGGUACGCUGCACGUCGGCAACUACUUCGGAGCCCUGCGCCGCUGCGCGCGCCUGCAGCAGGCCGGGGAAGACCUCACGCUGUUCGUAGCAGACCUGCAUUCACUUACCACCAGACAUGACGCGAAAGCGUUGCGUGAAGACACUUUAGAACUAGCAGCGUUGGCUUUGGCGUCCGGCGUGUGUCCGGAGCGAGGGACGCUGUUCGUGCAGUCGGCCGUGCCGCGCCACGCCGAGCUCUGCUGGCUGCUCUCCUGCCUCGCCACCAUGGCGCGUUUGUCCGCGCUGCCGCAGUUCCGCGAGAAGUCCGCCACACUGCGCGACGUGCCGCUCGGGCUGCUGCUGUACCCGGUGCUGCAGGCCGCCGACGUGCUGGUGUACCGCGCCACGCACGUGCCCGUGGGCGCCGACCAGCUGCAGCACCUGCAGGUGGCCUCGGCGCUGGCGCGCCAGUUCGCGCACCGCUACGGGCCCGCCUUCCCUACACCCGCGCCUUUAUUACCAGAUGACGGCAGCGACCGUAUUCGUAACCUCCGCGACCCGGCCAAGAAGAUGUCCAAGUCGGACCCCGAGGGGAAAUCAAGAAUCUUAUUGACAGACGACGACGCCGCCAUCGCGCUCAAGCUCAGGAAAGCCGUCACCGACUUCACCCCGGAGGUGACAUUUGACCCUGAAAAUCGGUUAGGCGUGUCGAACCUCAUACAGCUGCACUGCUUGUCGACGGGCAUGACUACCGACGAAGCGGUCGACGCAGCCAAAGGACUGACGACGGCGCAAUACAAGGGCGUGGUGGCAGCCGCAGUGUCGGCCGAGCUGCGCCCCGUGCGCACGCGCUACCUGGAGCUGCGGUCGCGGCCGCGCGUGCUGCGCGACGUGCUGGCGCGCGGCGCGGAGGCGGCGCGGCGCCGCGCCGACGAGACCUAUGCCGACGUGGCCGCGUGUGUCGGCGUCGCCGCGCCGGCGUUACCGCCUCGCGCCGUGCUGCACGCCGCCGCCGAGUAGAUAGCGCAACACUAGUUCACCCGAUGACUAUCGUCUGUGACAAAAGCUAAUAGACAAAAAAAAGGUCUAAUACGAAAGAGUUCGAGUAGAGUUAAUUUAAGUAGAUCGAGUUAUGAUAUUUUAUUUUAAAUAAAAAAGUUAAGUUGUAAA